UGGACCUUCACUCUGGACUCCCAGGGCUCAGCUUUCUGUCCCCUUCUCCCAGGUCAGGAUGCAGGCCGAGGCUCUGGAUGGGCCACCAAGGAAACCAUGCAGGGCUGGAAUCGGAGAGCCCGAGAGAGCCCUGGGAAGGUGUCGGAGCCCGACAGGACCCAGCUGAGCCAGGACCUGGGUGGGGGCACCCUGGCCAUUGACACACUGCCGGAUAACAGGACCAGGGUGGUGGAGGACAACCACAACUACUAUGUGUCCCGUCUGUAUGGCCCCAGCGAGCCCCGCAGCCGGGAGCUGUGGGUGGAUGUGUCCGAGGCCAACCGGAGCCAAGUGAAGGUCCACAGAAUCCUUUCCAACACCCACCGGCAGGCUUCGAGAGUGGUCUUGUCCUUUGAUUUCCCUUUCUACGGGCAUCCUCUGCGGCAGAUCACCAUAGCAACUGGAGGCUUCAUCUUCACUGGUGAUGUGACCCAUCGGAUGCUCACAGCUACUCAGUACGUGGCCCCUCUGAUGGCCAACUUCAACCCCGGCUACUCCGACAAUUCCACAGUUGCUUACUUUGACAAUGGGACGGUCUUUGUUGUUCAGUGGGACCAUGUCUACCUCCAAGGCCGGGAGGACAGGGGCAGCUUCACCUUCCAGGCAGCUCUGCAUCGUGAUGGCCGCAUUGUAUUCGGCUACAAAGAGAUCCCUAUGUCUGUCCUGGAAAUCAGCUCCUCUCAGCACCCUGUCAAAGCCGGCCUAUCAGACGCUUUCAUGACUCUCAAUACAUCCCCAGAUGUACCAGAAUCUCGGCGAAGGGCCAUCUUUGAAUACCACCGUGUGGAGCUGGACCCCAGCAAGGUCAUCAGCACAUCGGCCGUGGAGUUCACCCCAUUGCCAACCUGCCUGCAGCAUCGGAGCUGCGAAGCCUGCAUGUCCUCAGACCUGACCUUCAACUGCAGCUGGUGCCAUGUCCUCCAGAGAUGCUCCAGUGGCUUUGACCGCUACCGCCAGGAGUGGCUGUCCUACGGCUGCGCCCAGGAGGCAGAGGGCAGGACGUGUGAGGACUUCCAGGAUGGGGACCACUACUCACCUUCCCCCGGCAGCUCCUUCAGCCCCUCCGAUGGAGGCCACAGCACCACCUCCUCCCCCCUCCCCUUGGACAGCCUCACCACGGAAGAUGACACCAAGUUGAAUCCCUAUGCAGGAGGAGACGGCCUUCAGAACAACCUGUCCCCCAAGACAAAGGGCCCCCCGGUGCACCUGGGCACCAUCGUGGGCAUCGUGCUGGCGGUCCUCGUCGUGGCGGUCAUCAUCCUGGCCGGGAUUUACAUCAGUGGCCACCCCACUUCCAAUGCCGCGCUCUUCUUCAUCGAGCGGAGACCUCACCACUGGCCGGCCAUGAGAUUCCGCAACCACCCCAACCACUCCACCUACACAGAGGUCGAGCCCUCCGGCCACGAGAAGGAGGGCUUUGUGGAGGCGGAGCAGUGCUGAGAGCGCCAAGCCACCCCUUGGAAGGGUAGAAAGGAAGCCCCAGGCACCCCGAAAAAGACGAGUCAAAACAAAGCGGAGAAAUGAUUUUUCUUGGCCUCCUCCAAACAUACGCUGGCUGGGAAGAUGGGACAGUGGUUUGUGCUGCCAGAGCUCAGUUUGGGCAUCACACCCCGAUAUCGAAGGCGGGGCAGCAAAGCCACCACACUGAGUUUUUAAGGAACAGUAAACCCAACUACAACCUCUUCUGAUGCAAGGGGUCUCCCCUUCUGGGGCUGUCAAUGGUCUACUCUGUAGCUGCCCCAGAGACCCCCUCCCACCUGGAGAUGACCAGAUGCCCUGCUCCCGGUCACCUAAUGCCCCUGCAUAUGACACAAGAGAACUGAGCUCUUGAUCGGGGCCGCCGCAUCCAGGGUCCAUAGACUCAAGAGCUGGUCCUCAUGGCUAUGGACUCGGCGCUCAGCCCCUGCUUCUGUGGCUCUGGAAGUCUGGAGAAGGAGUUGUCGCCCGCGUUCACAGCUGCAGCCCCGAGCCCUUCGCAGGCCGCCGGAGGGGGCAGCGCCAGGGGAGAGGAGAGAACAGAACCCGGGAAAACUGCACCUCUAGGCUUUGCUCCCUCCACCUGCCCUUUCUGCUGAGAACCAGUACGUCUGCAUCGGGAGUGUGCAGCCCUUUUAACCCAGCUGGGCCCAGCCCAGCCUCGGCCAGGCGAGCCAUGGGGGGCUCUUUAUUCGAUGGCACAUUUGGUGACCAUCGUGUUCACUGGCCUUUCCCUCUGUCAGUGCCAGUAAGUACCUCCCAAGGCAGAGGUUUCCUGGUUACUAUCUCUCCUCCAAGCUGGAUUUUGGUAGCUGUUAAAGAGAAAGAGUGGUUUAUGGAGAUGUACACAGCAGGGAACAUCAGUUGGAGUCUGUUGAGAAGCAAAGUCACCGGAACAGUUGGGACACAGGAUGCUCACACGGGAAGGAGGGACUUUCUACAUAAAAUCUCACCUACAGAGUUGCUUCCACCUCCCCAUCUCUGCUAGAAGUUUUCGGAGCAGAGUUUAGGCUCCCAAACUUAAGCUGGUUUUAAGGUAAUUCUGUCCCAAAGAUGAGUUGGGGCUGCUUCUGAAGAGUAUUUAAAAUGAAAAGCGAGAGCCCCGCCGGUGUGACUGUUUUGUUGAGUGUCAUCCUGUGCACCGAAAGGUGGUUGGUUCGAUUCCCAGUCAGGGUGGGUUUGAUCCCCAGUUGGGGU